GAGAGCUCAGCUCUCUAUCCUCUCGUUCUCCAUCUCCACCUUUCUCCCUGUCUGUCGUUGAGGGUUUCAAAGGAUAUCAACCGGGCCUGAGAUAGGCUACUCAUAAGCGAUAUUCAGCAUUUAAGGUCAAUUAAUCAGGAGGAGAAUGGAUCCAGUUUGAGCAUCUUGACUGAUAAGUUGCCGAGUGUGAUCCUGUAACCAUGGCGACCUGUGGGCGUGGUUGCGUCCCGGCAGUGCGUUUCUGCCAAAGGCUGAACCGACUGAAGACCCUGGAUGAUGAUUUGAUGGUGACAUCAAUGAAGCGCUGCCUGACCAUGGUGGACCUGGCCCUGCUGGGUGUUGGUGGCAUGGUGGGCUCUGGUCUCUACGUCCUGACAGGCACUGUGGCCAAGGACACCGCGGGACCUGCCGUGGUCCUCUCCUUCCUCAUAGCAGGUAUCGCCUCCCUGAUGGCCGCCCUCUGCUAUGCUGAGUUCGGGGCUCGCGUGCCCAGAACGGGCUCAGCCUACAUGUUCACCUAUGUUUCUUGUGGAGAAAUAUGGGCCUUUCUCAUUGGCUGGAACGUAGUGUUGGAGUACAUGAUUGGUGGGGCCGCGGUGGCGCGGGCGUGGAGUGGUUACCUGGACUCCAUGUUUAACCACACUAUCCAGAACUACACAGAGAACCACAUAAUGAAGUGGAAUGUUCCCUAUAUCGCCCACUACCCUGACCUGCUGGCCGCCGGGAUUCUCGUGGUUGCCACCAUCUUCAUUACCUUCGGAGUGCGAGUCUCUUCUUGGCUCAACCACAUCUUCUCCGCUGUUAGUCUGGUUGUCAUACUCUUCAUCUUGGUGUUUGGCUUCGUGCUGGCCGAUCCAGUCAACUGGAGCCAGAAAGAAGGAGGUUUUGCACCGUUCGGUGUGUCUGGGGUUAUGGCAGGCACAGCCACCUGCUUUUACGCAUUUGUUGGCUUCGAUGUGAUUGCAGCCUCCAGCGAGGAGGCAAAGAACCCCCAGCGAGCCAUUCCUAUGGCCACAGCCAUCUCCUUGUGCAUGGCAGCCACAGCCUACAUCCUGGUCUCCACUGUCCUCACUCUCAUGGUGCCCUGGCACUCCCUCGAUCCCAACUCCGCUCUGUCUGACGCCUUCUUCCGCCGAGGCUACAGCUGGGCUGGCUACAUCGUGGCAGUAGGGUCCAUCUGUGCCAUGAACACAGUGCUCCUCAGCAACCUCUUCUCCCUCCCUCGGAUUGUUUACGCUAUGGCGGAGGAUGGCCUCUUCUUCGCCUUCUUCGCCAAGGUCAACCCUGUCACCAAGGUCCCUGUGAAUGCCAUCUUGGUGUUUGGCCUCCUCAUGGCCGUCAUGGCCCUCAUCUUUGACCUGGAGGCCCUGGUCCAGUUCCUGUCCAUCGGCACCCUCCUGGCCUACACCUUUGUGGCAGCCAGUGUCAUUGUGCUGCGCUUCCAGCCUGAGAAGGAGAAGACCAGUUCCAAGGUUAACUCCACUACCUCCCCUAACACCAACUACAACCCAGAGCCCUCACCCGAAGCCUCCGAGUCCCAGAUCAUAGCUCAGGACAGCGGGGAGCUGAAGGAGUAUGAGUCCUUCUCAGACAAGCUACAGCUGGUGGAGAUGCAGAAGACCAGGGAACGCAGCGCCCCAGGGGUGUUGAAGGCCCGCUGGGAGCCCUACCUGGGCAGGUUGCUAGGGGACUUUGAGCCGGGGGAGGUGGUGGCCUUCUCUGUGCUGGCGGUGAUGGUGAGCUCUGUGUCCCUCUGUGCCGUUUUUGUGUUUGGGAGUAACCAGCUGCAGCUUCCUACGUGGAGCUUCGCCGUGCUAAUAGUGGUGUUUGGCUCAACCUUCCUCCUCAGCCUGGUCAUCAUAUAUGCCCAUGAACCACAUAUCAACACCAAAACCUUCCAGGUACCCUUGGUCCCAUUCAUCCCUGGUGCAAGCAUCCUCAUGAAUGUGUUCCUAAUGCUGAAGCUCAGCCCAAUGACCUGGAUCCGCUUUACCGUAUGGGUGGCUGCAGGUCUACUGGUAUAUUUUGGCUAUGGGAUAUGGCACAGUAAGGAGGGCCUGAGGGAGCUGCAGCCCAAGGACAUGGCUGCCAGGUACGUGGUGCUCCCUAGUGGCAGCCUGGUAGAGACAGUCCAGUCAGUGCAGCCGAACGGACAUGGGGACGCCAGCGCCCUCCACACCACCCCCUCCCCCGCCCAGUCUGCUGAAGAGCAGCAGGCAAAGAGAUGAUGUGUAGGAACUAUGAAGGGAGCCAUCUUUAUUUCAGUGGGCCGUUUAUCAUCUAUCUGCUCCUACUCAUACAUUACCUCACUCUCUUCUCCUCUGACUUCCCUCUCGUGACUGGCCUCAUACAAUCAGUGUGUACUGCGACAAGGCUAUGUUUCUCUGCGUUAGUAAGUACACAACACACAAUGACAUUAACACUCUCUCAUUAUGAAACAUAUUUAUAUUUAUUUUUACAUAUUGUAUCUCUUAAUAUGGGAACAUAGUAAUAAAGCUAUCUAGCAUUGUUUAGGAUAUUGCUAUUGGUUAUAAUCACUGUAUUUAAAAACAAAAUGGUAGAUAAACCAGCACAGGUGUUAUUUCCUUGUUAGCAUUUCUCUCAACUCCUCAAUUGAUCUGCUUUUUAAUGUCUCUCAGUCACUCACUUUUUAAUGUGUUUGGUAGUAGGAUGAUACUUUUGGUCAUAGCAUACAUUGAGUCAUGUUGAUAAGCUGCAUUUUUCGUUUUGUAACCACUGGAAUGAAAGGACCUUUGUUUAGACACACCCAUGUACAAACACAUAUUCACAUUUGCUUUCUCUCUCACACACACACACACACACACACACACACACACACACACACACACACACACACACACACACACACACACACACACACACACACACACACACACACACACACACACACACACACACACACACACACACACACACACACACACACACACACACACACACACACACCUCAAGAUCCCCCUCAUUCCCCUGCACUAGUGGCUGCUCAGCCAAACGCAAAUCAUUUACAUACAUUUUCUAUUUUAAUGAUUAUUUCGGACUUGUUGCAUGUAGUUUCUGAGCUGUGAAACAGUCUGUUUUAUCAUUUUAAUUUUGCAUUUCACUGAUGCCAUAUCACACACAUAUUAUGUUCUGUUUUGGGAUGUUUUUGUACCUCGCUUCGUAUCAUAAUGACCCGACUCCACUUGUUAAUGUUCUCUGUCUCAAUCACAUGAGAUUGUCACUCUCUUCUUCUAAGGCGGAGUAGGCCUUUCAACCUCUCGCUUAAUCCACUGACUCCCAUCCAAUGACCUCACUCACUCUUAUGUGUCCCAGAUUUUGCAAUCAACCUAAUAUCUACUGAGAAGGGUUAUUCCCCCAAUGCACAAGAACUAGACAGCGACCCAUUCCCCUUCUGUGUGCUAGCAUGAGAUUAGUUUAUACAACCAUCUAAUAUAAAAGCACCUGGAUUAUUUUAGCUAUGGUUUUAUUCUCAUUUCUCCUCAUACACAACAGUGAUAAUGCGAGACGAGAGUUAUAAACGUGUGUUUUAAUACAUGCUUUUUGUAAGGCAAGCACAAACCCAGUUCAUGAUGUACCUGAACAGGGUAUUUGGUGCUGCUGUUUAGAAGCAUAUUAACAAACAGGGAUUGAGUGUUUUGUCAGACUAUGCCAGCCAUAGGACAUCUCUUAUCCUCAUGAGACCUCUGUAAUCCAGCAGAUUUGCAGCAGUCCCUGCGGUUGACCAAUAGCUUGAUCUAGAUUACAUACACGCACAGAUCACUCUCACUCGCAGUGCUGGAUUACACUGACCUCCUCAGAGAGGGAUUGCGCUCUCACACCCAGUUACUCACUACCCUGUCUGAUAGCACAGUGUUCGAGAGGGCAGUAAGAUGUCAUGACAAUGUAACAUUGUCUCAACGUGAUAAUCAUAACAUUCCCAUAGCUAAGGUUUUCAGUCAAGUCCUGAGAACGGAUUAUUUUGUUACCUAUAAGGUGUAUAUUUGUCUGUUUGUCACAUUUGGAGAUUGCGGUAAAACGUCUACCAUUUAUCUGUAUAAUAAUAAUGUAACUACAACAUUGCCUUGAUGUUAUUAGCGUUUUCUAUAUAUCACAGUCCUUAGAAUGAUGAAAAAUAAGCAUGAGUCCCUCACUACCGGCUACCAACCUCACACGUGUCUGUAGCUCACCUUAGUGUUGUACUCAAAAAUAUGUUUGUCUUGUCUCUUAUUUAUCACUAUUUAUUAGUUAUUGUAAACAUACAUUUGUUUAUGUAAAUAUGUGACACAAGCAACCAAUGGCCUUAAAGAUGUUUUCAUGAGUACAGAAUGAUUCCCAAAGCUUACGUAGCUUUUCACCUCUAUCCAAGUAGUUUACCCUGUUAUAAUCUCAGUAUUUAUUCAUAGGAUAUUAUAUUGUAAACUACUAUAUUCCAUUCAAUUGAUUUCAACAACAGAUACAGCCUUUGAAGUAAUCAAAUGUUGGUGGAUGUGGGGAUAACAAAAUAUUAAAUGGAUUUUUGUACAACUUUGCACAUAGUUUAAGAUUUUAACUGCAAACGACUGUCUGUGUCUCUCUACCAGCGUGUCUCUGUUUUUUCUGCGUGGGCAAGUGACAGGUGUUGGCACUAUGGUGCUUUUGGCAAGCUGAACAUUUCCUCACCUCGAUGAGUUACGCUCUCUGUCUUGUGUGUCAGUAAGCACAAUGCGCUAUGGGCUCUGACUGUACCUAUGUACUCUGUACUUACACAUUCAAAUUCUAAGUAUUUUUUGUUGUAUAAAGUCUAAAAGAAGCUGUGUUAUUUCGUGACAAAUAAAUGUUUUGAAGCAGCA